AUGUCACUUACGCAAAUUCUUGGCCAUAACAGACUCCGCGAGCUGAUUGAAACCAUGGGUGAUUCGAUUCAUCGGCGUGCAUUUGACGUUGGAAUCAAGUUCACCAUGCCGGAUUCGCCUAUCCAAACCGGCCCAGACGACGCGGCUCGUUACAUCGCAACUUACUUUCGUAAGUUACACCCUCUGUCGCCCUUUCUCGAUCGUCAGUCUUUCGAGGAAAUGGCCUUGGGGCCGGGCAUAUCAGAGCUCUUAGCAAAGAGUGCCGCCUUCAAUGCGCUCUAUCAUACUGUACUAGCGCUAGGUUGCCAAUAUAUCGAUGGUGGCUCCUUUGAUCCUGGAGAAGGAAAGGCAUGGAAAUAUUUUCAAAUAGCGUUGGGUCUAUUCCCGAAAUUGCUUGUUCCGAUUGAUGGCUUGGUUCAUGUGCAAGCUUUGACCGCGAUGGCAAUAUUUGCCAUGAAUUUCUCCUGUAUUCAGAUUUCAGAUACUUUGAUCUCCGAAGCUGCGAGAUUAGUCCAAGUUCUCGGGUACAACGCCGCGUACGUGCCGGGAAAUGAUGAAAAGGCCUGUCACAGGGUGUUCUGGGUCAUCUACUGGCAGGAGAGAGUAUUUUGUUUCUUCCGUGGGCGCGCUUCAAUGAUACCCGAAUACGACAUAGGCUGCCCUGUUCCGGAUAUUACUGAAACGCCAACUGAUGGGUUAGACUGGCUGCUAGUGACGGCACGCCUGGGCCGGUUAAUGUCGCGGAUGUAUGAAUGCCUCUUUUCUGUAAGUGCGGUCCAGAUGCCUAAAGAAACUCGCCUUGCAGCUAUCGAGUCCAUGUUCUACGAGCUGGAAGUAUGGAGAGGCUCUGUCCCAGAAGAGUUGCGACCCAACACGUCCAGCUUCUCUUCCAAUGCCGAUAAAGCAUAUGGAUCAGCACAUGAGAUGAGGACCCAGUUACAGUUCCUAUAUUACGCUUUGAUUGUCUCCCUGUGUCGCCUGCGAAUACAUCUUUCCGCCGAUCAGCAUAAUCCGUCUGACCAGGAAAUCAAGCUUCGACUGAUGGAAGCAGCGCGGAGCAUUAUUUAUCUCAGCAGACACAUUGAGCAUGAACCGCAUGUCCCUGUUUGGGAGAUUGGCAUGGUACCUAUAUCUGCCCUCUUCGUUAUAUUCGACUUCGUCGUUCAUAAUCCGCUCCACCAAGAGACCAAUAUCAAUCUUGCAUUUCUGGAUAUAGCGAGUGGGUAUUUUAGCCGCUGGGAAGUUAGUCAUAAGGGCUCAUUUCCCGAGUUUUCCAUUUCGGAGUUUUCCCAUAUUGCCCGGGAGUUUGUGCGGGAUUCGCACAUCAGAUCUCAGCAAGAAGUGCCAGUCACCGAAGGCAUUUCAGACCAGCGUAGUCAAAACAAUGGUGAUGAGCCCUUGGAUCCGUCCGCUGCUACUGGCUCAUUUGCUGCUCUGUCGGGCUAUCUUUUCUAUCCUGAAGACCCUCUUCAACCAGUCCUCGGGAACUCUAUGCUGGCGGCGACCGACUUAUCCUCCAUAUUCAAUGCGCCUUACUGGCCUCCGUAUACCGCGGGAUUCUAG